AUGUGCAGCUGGACUGAUUCCUCUCAGUAGAAGAGCACACUGGGGAAUGUAGAAGUAAGAAGUGAUUUCUCCUUCACUAUCAGUCAAAAAUGGACAAAUCAAGUGGCUUGUUUUUCUUUUUGAUCUGUUUUGUAUGUUUAUGUCAAACGGCAAAUGCUGUUUUCAUGGAGAAACUGGCAAACAAAAAGAUUUGUGCAGACAAGGAUUGUUCAUAUGUGAUUUCAAUGGCCAAAGCUCUUGAUGACUACAUCGCUUCAGACUGCAGACACAUAAACCUGAGAAGAGGCCAUCUGAUCUAUGUGUACUCUAAACUCAAACCUGUAGAGGGAGCUGGAGUCUUCUGGUCUGGAAGUGUUUAUGGUGAUCAUUAUGUUGACCAGAUGGGGGUCAUUGGAUAUUUUCCCAGUAACUAUGUAAAUGAGACACACAUAUUUCAGAAAAAAACUGUUGAGAUCCCAACUACAGACAUUGACUUCCUCUGCGUUUAAAGACAACAACCUUUGCUUUAUUUAGUGAAUAUGUCAUCAUGCAUUUGUUAUUCCUCAUCUGAAUUGUAUUAUAUACUUUCUUCUGUCUCAGACUGAUAUAAAAAUGCCAAUGCUAUUUUAUGUUUAAUUCUUGGUGUUCACGGUAUUCAGCCAACGUUUGCAGGUCAAGUGGACCCAAAUUUAUGUAAAGCUUACUUUAGUUUACACUGUAAAAAAAAUCUGAAAAAAAUAAAGAUUUUCUGUCAGCUGGAUUGACAGAAAUAUACCGUAAAAUAAUAGUUUUUUCCCUGAAACAUUACAGGAUAUAAGGAUAUUUAUACCAUGGUCUGUUUGAACACUGGAUUCUGAUUGGCUGGAAGGUGUGCAUUAAAUUCCUUUAAUGCACAUGUGUGAUUUGAUUACAUUUAAAAUUAUCUGAUGAAAAUUACUGUCAUUUUCACCUGUUUGAUCUAAAAUUACAUUGUAAACAUCAAUAACAGUUUUAACUUGGCAAAUGACCAUGGUAUAAAAUAGCCGGGAUUAUCCGCUGGGACGCCAGAAAGCUGGUACACCAGAAAUAAACUGUAAAAUAACGGGUUUCCCUGUAAAAUUACAUGUUUAUGAACAUUGUUACGAAAAUGUGACGUGUGUAUUUUUGAGUCCAUAGGAGGAGCUGUGGAAAGUCCUACUACGCGAUAAUUAGGUGACGUCAUCGGGGAGGAUAUAAAAAGGCUUUGACGCAGCAAUGGCGUCUCUCUCGGCUCUCGGUUCUCCAUUCCUGUUGUUCUCGCGGAGGUCUCGCCCAGCGCCUCUUUGGAUUAUUUUUGUUUUGUUUUAUUAUGCUUGGAUUUUCGGUAAUAACUUCGCUUUCUUUUUAACUUAGCAGCAGCGGGUAAAGUAUUUAUUUUUAGGUCACGUUUUGUUUAUUUAGUUAGAGCUGAGCAAGGGAAGCAGUUGCCCGGAAGACUCACCGGGUUGAUAUUCUUUUUUCGGAAGCCAGGUAAGAACCUUACUCCGAGCACAGGUGUAGUUAGGGUUUCUGUUUUCUUAGUUUCCCUAUCCGUUGACUGCAACAUUUGGUUUUCUUUCUUCUUGUUAUUGAUUCGUUUGACUUCGAUUAUAAGAAUUGAUGUGAAUUUGUUUUUGUUUUUUUGUUGAGGAAUUGAAUUUCGUUGAUUCAAAUUAAAAUG